UAGGAAGGAGAAUAACAAAAGACGAGCAAGCCGAGCUCCGCUCUGCUCCGCCGACGGGACCGCGCCGGCGAGCUCCCAUCCCUUCCACCGAACCGCAUCGCCUCGGAGGGAAGACUGCUUGAGAGUUGAGACUUGAGAGUGUUCCUGGGCCCAGAAACACAAGAAGAGAGCUGAAGGGUUUGUGUGGCUUUCCUCUGGAACCAGUAUAAUAAUGGGCACAAAGCUUGUGGUUUUUGGGCUGCCCUGGGAUGUGGACAGCGAAGGACUACGAAAGCAUAUGGCCAAGUUUGGACCCCUGGAGGAUUGUGUUGUCAUGAAGGAUCGCUUAUCCGGUCGAUCUCGUGGGUUUGGCUACGUAACGUUCUCAUCUGCUGAUGAUGUCAAGAAUGUUCUUGAGUUUAAGCAUUUUCUUAGGAACCGGGCUCUAGAAGUGAAGAUAGCAACUCCCAGGGAAGAAAUGAAACCACAGCCACAGGGAACAAAAACAGCUACUAGGAUAUUUGUUGGUCGAAUUCCGCAAUCUGCAGAUGAGUCAAUGUUCCGCAGGCAUUUUGAAGCGUUUGGAGAAAUUAUCGAUCUUUACAUGCCAAAGGAGCAUGGUUCAAAAGGUCAUCGUGGAAUUGGGUUCAUCACUUUUCAGAGUGCAGAAUCUGUAGACAGUAUCAUGCAAGAGUCACAUGAGUUGGAUGGAACAACUCUACAUGUUGACCAUGCAACUCCAAAGGAUGAAGAUAUCAGACAUCCUCCAAGCAGGGCAUUUCAGGAUGGGGGUGACUAUGGCCUUGGCUAUGGCGCAUAUGAUGUAUACAUUGCAGCCACUACCAUGUUUGGAGCUGUGGGCCCACCAACACGGUAUGAUCAUCAAGGACCAGCUUACGGAAGAGGAUACAGUGGAUCCCCUCAAGGAAUAGGCAAAAAGAUAUUUGUUGGUGGGCUUCCACAAGGAGCAAAGAAAGAUGACCUAAGGAAUUACUUUGGUGGAUUUGGCGGGGUUGCAGAUGUGUUUAUUCCAAGGGAUCCUAAAGGAAGUGGCCAUCGAGGUUUUGGUUUUGUCACCUUUUCUGAUGAGGGUGUGGCAGAUAACAUAGCUGACAAAAGCCAUGAAAUUCUUGGAUGUAAGGUCAUAGUAGACAUAGCUGCACCGCCUAGGGGUGAUUCCAGUGGUCGUUUCACUGACCCCAUGCCCGGCGUGGACCUUAAUGCACCACCUUAUGGCUCUAUGCGACCUUUUGGCAUGUUCUGCGGCAACCUGGGUUAUGACCAAGGCUAUGGUCCCAGCGGAAGCGGCAGCAGAUCAAGAACGGAUGGGCGGCAUCGGCCUUACUGAUUUGGCCUGUGCUCGUCUCGUUGAUGUUACACGCGUCCCUGUUUGGUGAUGAUUUCACUGGUAUUGGUAGUCAGCUGAUUGUGGACUUGUGGUGGUGCUGUGUUUUCCUAGCUGUGUAGGCUGCUGGUUGGUUUGGGGAUUGUAGUCGACGUUUCAAACUAACCUGGGUGUGUCAUGGUGUGAACCUCACAAACCCCGGUUCCAUUACCUCUGAUAGUGGAAUCCGCGGUGUCGAAUCGUAUGGAUAGAGGAACAAGUCUAUCUCUAGGUCAAUUGUGUAAAGAAAUGGUAACUCUUUCAGCUGCUAGAUUGUACUGUAACUUGGUAAGCUCAUGUGUACCUUCAGUGGGAUGUUUCAUGUUUGUCAUGGUUAUUUUGCCUUCGAAA